AUGGCUGGGUCUGCUCUAAGACGACUUAUGGCUGAAUAUAAACAGCUGACAUUAAAUCCUCCGGAAGGAAUCAUUGCCGGGCCAACCACUGAAGAAAAUUACUUUGAGUGGGAAGCAUUAAUCACAGGACCAGAAGGGACAUGUUUUGAAGGUGGUGUUUUUCCAGCAAAACUUAUAUUUCCAUCUGAUUACCCAUUGAGUCCACCAAAAAUGAGUUUUACUUGUGAUAUGUUUCAUCCAAAUAUUUAUUCAGAUGGGCGUGUAUGUAUUUCAAUUCUCCAUGCACCUGGGGAUGACCCUAUGGGUUACGAAUCCAGUAAUGAAAGAUGGAGCCCUGUACAGAGUGUUGAAAAAAUUCUUUUAUCUGUUAUUAGUAUGCUCGCCGAGCCAAAUGACGAGAGUGGCGCAAAUGUUGAUGCCGCUAAAAUGUGGCGCGAAGAUCGUGAAGGAUUUAAUAAAGUAGCUGAAACAUUGGUCAGAAAAACUUUAGGGAUACCAACAAGUAAAUAA